CGCUGGCUGGGAGUGCUUCCGGUGCCCCCAGUGUAAAGACAAGAGAAAAUUCCUGCCAGAAAUGUUAAAAAUGGGGAUCUUUGUCCUGUUCAGACCACCAGCCUGGGAGGAGACGGGGCAGUACGAGGAGCUUUCCGAGAGGCACAGCCAGUGUGACGCCGGCCAGUGCCUCUAUCAGGAGGGCAGGCAGCAGGCGCAGGAAAGCGGGCCGUGGGAGCUGCUCUUAUGCUGCUCGUGUGCAUCCAGAGGGACGCAUCGACACUGCUCGGCGGUGGGAGCAGCGGUGGAGGCCUGGGAAUGCGAUGGCUGUGCCGGCAUAGGCCCCGCCCCCAGCGCACUGCCAGAGCCGUCUGCUCCCAGCACCGACAGCAAGCCAGGAGCAGAGGCGUCCUCCAGCCCUGCUGCCCCCGCCAGCGCAGAGCCGGACCUGGCCAGCUCCAGCACCAGCACCACCAACCAGGAUGAAUCUGAGGCAUCCUCCAGCUCAGCUACACCUGCGAGCUCAGAGUCAGACCUGGCCCGCUCCCAAGCCAGCAGCCAGAAUGAAUGCAAGGCAUCCUCCGGCUCAGCUACACCCGCGACCUCGGAGUUGGACCUGGCGAGCUCCCGAGCCGGCAGCCAGGAGGAAUCAGAGUCGUCUCCUGGCUCCCUGGCUCCCGAGAGCAGCCCCCAGGCAGGACAGCCAGGGCCAGAGCGACGGCCAGGACGCUCCCGUCUGUUCCGCCGGCCGCAGCAUCCUUACAGGCGGCCCUGAACACCCCGCAGGACGAGUCGCGUGCCAGCCCCAAGCAGUGGCACCCCUACCCUACCCCUUGCAGAAUAAAAUUGCUACCUAACCUCAA